CCUUGGAGAGUUGACUAGAAAAGUGUCUGCUUUAUGGUAUGAGGUGGAAAAUACCAAACACUGUAUUGUCUGUUGUCCCUAAUUAGGCAUGUGAUCUCUCUCUCUCUCUCUCUCUCUCUCUCUCUCUCUCUCAGGUGUUGAUGACAGCAGUGACAGGUUGCUAGGUAACCUAUAUAGCAUAACCUCACUGUAAACAACUGGCAGGUCCUAGCAACAAUAUGAUGACGUUCUUUGAAUCGGAUGAUCUUUUAUUCACAACAAUGGGAAAAAACCCUCCAAAGCUACUCAUUGAAAUAAAAUACAAAAAAAAAAAAUUGUUAGUGAUUUUUAUGAUUAUUUAUUUUUUCAUUAUUAUUAUUUUUGUUUUGCAUGAAAAGCAAAUAAACGGACAGAUGUUCGCUCAUCAACAUAUCGCAUGCCCAUAGUGUGCGCAUAUUAUUCCAGAGCAGCCCCAUGGGAAAAAAAUCCUUGAAUAGUCAUGAAUCACAAACUCCAUCACCAACCAUCUCCAUGACUCCAGUGGAGUAACGCAAACAUCUAACGUUCAAACCUUAGGAGAGAAAAGCGGUUCCAUUUGCAACAGGUAGCGAGCCAUUUUAAGCACGUGCAUAUACAUUUUGCACUGAAUGCAUGGAUCGUGUCUAGAGAUCUCGCGCUCAGCUGAAAAUAAUAAUAAUAAUAAUAAUAAUAAUAAUAAUAAUAAUAAUGAUAAAUGCACCGUAAACCCGACACGCGCGCGACAUGCAGCAGCAGCAUCGUCAUUAUUUCUGCAGCCGGAGCUCGAGACAGACGCGAGCGCAGACACACCGCACAGCGCUUUCUCCCAUCCGACAUUUCCCUACAUUGUUUCGCCCUGUGCACAGCGUCAACAACCACAUGCGUCUCUGUGUUAAUUUCACGCGGUAGCGAUGCAUCACGUGGUGCUUCUGUUGAUGAUGGUGAUGAUGCGCAGGCUUGGAAGUGCUCAGCAUCUGCGUGUGGAACUGUGUCACCUCUAACUGUCUGGUGCAGGUGAGUGACAUCUCAAUGCACAGAUUUUUACACUGGUGUUGAUAGAUGGUAGUUGCAGUGCUAUAGUAGCUGCAAUGUUAAAAGGCUACGUGUAAAGUUUAUUGCCUUAAGAUCAUAAUAUCCAUAUAAAGUAAGGAAUAAAAGCCCAGGUGGUGUGGUGAAGCAGAGUUACUGUUACCAGCAUGCAGUGUUUUAUUCCACGUAUACCACAGCAGUAUGAUAAUGGUUACAAUUUUUACGUUUAUUGUUGUGGAAUGUCCGCAAUUUAGUUCCUCACUGGACACUGGAGACUCCUUCCGUAAAUGUUAAACAAACAUUAGUAAACAGAAAAAGGGGACUAAAUCUGGAAUGGGAUGUUCGACAGGCAACAAGGGUGUGAUGGUCAGGUCAACUUUGGCCAAUAUAGUGUAUUAUGCAUGCACAUGCUUGUUGUCUAAGGACAUCAUAGUCAGUUGUAUUCUAACAUCCUAUCUUGGAGCAUUGAAUUAAGUCGUAGAAUUAUGUUCAUUAGAAAAAGUGUUCAUUUAAAAAAAACUUGGACUGUCAAAAAAAAGUGGUUAGCGUGAUUAAAUUUGCUCGUUAACAUAACAUUAAGGCGAUGUAUUUAACUCCCUAGCUAGCUAUGUCACCCAACGCCAUUUUUUUAAAUACAAGAGCUCUCUUGUUAAAAUACCUGAUAAAUGUGUGUUGUUGUUGUUGUUAUUUUUUUCUAAUUUCAAGUAAAUAAAUGCACUACAAGUCACGAGAUACUGGAUGCUAACACUUAAGUUUCUUUCUUGUUAACCAAGACAUGCUUAAAGGCAAACUAAGUAAUGUUUUUUGUUUUUUUUAAUACAUAAUACUGUGGUAAUAUUGUAAGCUCUGUUAAAAUAUUAUGAAAUUAUCAAGAUAAAUAUUUUAAUUGGGGACAUGCCUACUUCCAAAAACACGAUUUAUUUAUUUAAAUGUGGUUUAACAAGAACUGGGACUUUUGUUCACAUGGCUAAAUACUGGCCAAAUCCUGUGUUAUACUACAAAUAAGUGUUGUAAUAUACAGAAUCAUGAUAUUUGUAUGAUUAUUAUAGUAGCUGAAAAACAAAAGGGAAUAAUGAACUGCAUGCAGUACCAUUUAUUUAAAGAUUAUUUUUUAGCAUGAAGUCUUGAUUAUUUAUUAAUCAACUUGUUUUAUUUUUUAUGGUUUUUACCACAGUGCGAAUGUGACAUUCAGAGCAGCAGACCAGCAAAACCAGAUACUUCUUUGAGCAAUAAUAAUCUACAAACGCUAACCCAAAUGGAAUCUCACCCAAGCAACCCCCAUAACAAUCCCAAAGCGUGCUACAAGACUGAGUCAAGAUCCAAAAACCAGCACCAAGAGGCCACUUUGCCUCCAGGCACGAGAGGAGGAAAUGGCUCCUUCUGGCUCAAAAAGGGAGAAAAGUCAAUAGAUUCCCCUAUGCAAACAAAAACACCAGCCAGCACUGUUAUACCAACCACUUUAGUUCCUGCAUCUGCCACAGCAUCACCAGCUACUUCAAGAACACACCUUGUCCAAGCAGCUACAGCUCCGUCAAUCACGUCCACUACGAUUCUUACAACUGAAAUCCCUGACAAGCAUGCUGCUGGGAUCACUCAAAGUACAACACUAACUUCUGGAACCAGGGGACAUAAGAUAAAGUGUUCCAGAGAAGGAGAACUGGAGACCUCUGAUAAAAACUCCUCCAAGAACAUCCAUAAAACCACAUCUCAGAUUAGUGCAUCCACAGAUUUGCAGAAGAGCCUCCAAAAAACAUCUAAGUCGGUUGUAACAAGAACAGCCUUGCCUAAAAGUGUCCAGCAAGCAAGUUUUACUCAAAUCCGCACACCCAGCCCAAAGCUCAAAUCCAGUCCUACUCCAACAAUUGCAGUGGACCAAGCUGAAAACUUCCGGAAGGGGAGAAGUAUAGGGAUGGUGCCAUCACUCGCACAUGAACUCAAAUCUAACGAUAAUGGGGCAUGUGUGAUGGAAGUCCGUCAAGAGGUACAUAGUGUGCAGCCACUGGGGACAAAACAGGGCAAGGUAGAAAUGCUUCAGAGGAAUAAAGAUGAAGAGAAGAACAGAGGCAGGAAAGAAGAAGAAGACAUCCUUAAGUACAUGGACGUGGGACGCACUCUCAAAGGAAGUGAAAUCACUCUUCAGGUAGCAUCUAAAUGUCCCCCUUUUCCACUAGACAGGCUGCAGUUAUCUCCAGGGGCAACAACCACCUCUGCAUCACAGGUGAAGGAGACAGCAGGCAAGACAGAUGAAAAUGCCAUGGCCCAGGAGACAGAGUGUGAGAGAGAAAAACUAUGUGAGUGGAAGGAAAGUAUGGAAGGAGGAGAAGCCCUUGAAAAGAGAAGUGGACAUGAAGGGAGAGACCAGGAGAAAAAGACAGAAGAGAAAGAAAGGAAGGGCCAAGACAGAAACAGUGAAGCCAAAGAGAAAGAAAGGGAGGACAGAGAAAUGGAAGAGGCAAUACAAGAAAAGAAAUUGAACCAGAACCAGAGCUUCAAAGAUGCUGCAAUAAUGACUGAGGAGCACCCGGUUCCUGUCCAUACACUGGAUGCUGCCCUGCAGACAGAGCUCUUGUAUGAGGAUGCUGAAAUUCAGGCUGUUGUAGAGGUCAGCAACAAAUACACAACAAUGAGUCCAAACAUGACACAUCCAUCCUGGAGCCAAAUUGACCCUAAGGCUAACCUCAGCAACCAUGAGAAAGCUUCUGGAACUGCCAGUACGAGCUUACAAAAUGGACUUAGCCAAGAUGUCACCUUAGAUUCAGGUUUAGCACCAAUAACUCUUGCAUCAGUGGGAUCCAUGGCUAAAAGUCUGAGCCCAACCCAUUACAAGUCUUCUAUAUCCUGCAAACGUACUCGGCAACAUGUCUGUCAAAUUCAGAUUGAAUUGUGCAGCCAAUCCACUCUAUCUGACAGUCUGGCUUUACCCGAGGAAGAGGAUUCAACAAGGUCUGGCCUUGAAAAGGAACCCAAGCAAGUGGACAGAGAGGGAGACCAAGCAGAGACGGGUCCAAUUCCAGAGGUGGCGUGGGAUGAGCAAGGCAUGACGUGGGAGGUUUAUGGAGCGGCUGUAGAUAUGGAAUCUCUUGGUUUUGCCAUCCAGAAUCACCUCCAGCACAAGAUCCAAGAAAAUGAGCAACGCAUCGGACACCUCCGCAAGUCUAUCUCGCUCUCCGAGCACUCGAAAGAUGAUGGAAAUGGAGCAAGAAAGAAGAAGAAAAGCAAUGUCUUCCGGUCACUGUUCCAACGACCAACUUGCUGCUUGAAGACUGAAUCUGAAGCCUAAAUGGAUAAAAUUACUAUAUAUGUGGUGGUGUACUUGUUUUUGCAAGUUCAUACCAUGUCAACUAAAUGGUAUGGUCUGAAAUUGCGGGAGAACUUUGAGAACAUUUGCUGGAGUUCUGGGCAGCUGUUUUCUGUUAGACCGCAAGACUUGUGGGUAGGAUUUGUUGAAGAGUAGGUACAAGACGGGGAGGUGUAGUACAAAUAGAAAAAUAUUUAUAUGGAUUUAUGGUUAACCAGGGUUCCUGAUUGGAGCAACAUAAAAUCAUUGGCCCUAAUGUCAAGUGAUCGCAAGUUAGAAUCAUGAUGAUCCCACAGCCAUCUCUGGUCUGGAGUUCAAAAGAGAAAAUUGGGUGGUAUUUGGAAAACUUCAUCUAGGUAUUGUAGUAUUUACAUUUACAUUUAUGGUGUUUGACAGACGUUCUUAUCCAGAGUUUUAAAACUGAUGGUAUUCUUAGUCCGUGACCUAGUGAACCAGUAUCGAGAUGUAUUUAGUGAUAGAGACUUCAAAGUACCUCUGUAAGUCGCUCUGGAUAAGGACAUCUGCACUGAGUUUCAAGCACUCACACUGUAUGUCGCAUGCAGUUAGCCCAGGUGUUGUAGCUCACACUAAUGCACUUUAGCUUUACCUGAAUCCAUUUUUUGUAACUCGGUAGAGUAAUUAUUUGGUGAUAGACUUGGUUGGUCAGAAGUAAUAAUCUGCAGCUAGGUGGUGCUGCCUGAAUGGUCAUUUUGGUAUUAUAUUCUGUGUUUUGAGACCAGUGUUUUCCAAUCCUGGCAACUGGGCACCAAUCAUCUACACAUUUCACAGUACCAUAUCUUGUUUACUUCCUGAUUUUCCCACGAUUUAUGCUCCAGUUCCAUUUUUUACACACCCUGUUCAUCAUUAACUAGUAUAAUUGUGUCCUGUUAGCAAGUCCUUCCCCUUGGGGUGUUUGCACAGUCUUGCAUGUAUACCACUGUAAUUUUAAGCUGGGUUUCCUAAUUCCUUCUUUUCACUUCCUAGUUAUGGUCCAACACUGCUGGAUGUUUCACUUUGUAUUACAAAUAUGGAUUUACCAAUGAUUACAAUGGCUGUUGUGUUUUGAUUUUAGAAUAGAAUCUGCUAUAAAAUCCAUACAUCUUGGUCCUGGAGUAGCCGUAGUUUACCUUACACCCAGCACACCUGAUUGGGCUGAAAGGAAUGUGUUAGGAUGGGGAAAAUACAAAACUAGGGUUGGGGCAAGGGUUCUCUGUGACCAGAACUGAAAAUGCCUGCUCUAGUCUAAUGGUUUAGAACGCUGAUCAAUAUUUAAUCAUUUCCAUUAGGACUGUGAUCAUGUGUUCAUGCAUGUGGUUUUAGGGUUUGGUGGUUGUGUGUUUGUUUGUGUUUUCCUUGUUUGUCAGGAUAAAGUAUCAUUCAAAUAAUCCCAAACACACAUUGAAAUUAAA